AUGGACGACAUCCUGACGACGCAGUUCGACCACGUCGAGCAGGCUGUGCACGCCCUGGUCGAAUCCAUCGCUGCGUAUAAUCCGUCCCCGCAAGCUGCACUAGACCUGGUUGCAGCCGACGACGAGCUGAGCCGAGGACUGGACCUUCUCGCCCAGCACCAGGCAAACCACGCCCGCAUCCAAGCCCUGCAUGCUCAGGCAGACGCCCUGGAAGAGCAGCUCAAGUCCUCUGUCGCGACCCUUGCCAGCCUGCGCCACGAACUCUUUGAGACUCCAGCAACCACCUUCCCUGCCGAUUCGCGCCCCGUUCGCCUCGAUGAGCUUCUCCAGUUCGCGACAACCAUCUCCGACUUCACCGUCCCACCGACCUUCCGCGAGCGCGUGCCAGAAGUAGACGCAAACAAGGACAAAGAAAAGGAGGAUGGGUCUGGCGUAGCUCUAACAAAUGGCGCAAGCACACCAGCCAACAUACCAGAUGCCGUGGAACCACCAAAAGAUGCCACAGAGGGCCAGAAGGAAGGCGAGAAGACAGAUGGCGCAGUGCCAGAAAUCACUGCCGAAGAGGAGGAAUGGCUGAAGAAGCUCAAAGACAGUAACCUGGCAUGGUACCCGUGGCCGGACAACGACAAGAUCCGCAGGGGCAAUCUCUACAAACUCCAGUAUUACCGCGAGAAGAACUUUGAUCUGGAUGCGCUUGACAUCUGGGCGCACGAAGAAGCGUUGAGGAGUCAGGGUAUGGGCGUGCCCACAGAGGCGAUAGAGCCGCAGAACCAGGCACUAGAGCCAUCAGUAGAGCCAGCGCAAGAGCAGCCUGUUGCCCAAGCAGCGCCACGGGUGCAAUCGCCACCUGGACCGCCAAAGCCAACAUUCGACAUGUUUGACGAUCUGGAUGACGAGUAAUUCAAAAUCGGAAGAUACCCAAAACGCAUACAUGGCAUGCCAAUAGUUUUCAUCCUACAUUUAGGGCGGCCAUCUGCGUUUGAGCAUGUUUUGGUGUGCAUCAACGGAACAGUAAGAGCCUCUCACAUAGCCUCGACCCCUCAUGAACGCUAGGCCAGCGACGCGAUGAAGCACGUGAUAGCGUGUUGAGCCCGGAAAACGCGGACCGGGAGCCCCGCUUUUCCUCCCUCGUACCUGGGACGCUGUUCACCACAACACCGAGGAGCCUAAGACGUGGGGACUUGUUGGCUCUCAUGCCGUGUUCCCACCUGGUCGUCUUGCGCUGCGUAGUAUGCAGGGUAGAAAGAGGUCAAUCUCCACCCUUCCAAUCUCGUCCAUAUAGGCCGCCUUAUUCACGACGUGGAAUCUUCCAUAGUCUGACAGGAAGGUCGUCGCUCCUACACGUCGCUUCACAUCACAUAGAUACGUCACCAAACAAAAUACUAUAAUAACCUCGCUAC